UCUAAGCCUCAAGGUCUGACUUAGGGGGCAUGAUGCCUUAGUUUAGUUCCUCUUCCUGUAAGAGUGCCUUGUUCCUGGCUCCUGUGCCACAAGGAGCUGUUACUGAGCAUUGUUGUCUUCCACAAAGGCAGAUGCCUCUUACCUGAAGAUGGUAUUUCAGGUGCUAUUGUGGAAGACUUGAGAGCUAUGGGUCACUGGAGGCAGAGACCCAUAAAUGGGCCCGGCACAACCUGUUUGGUCACAGCAUGAUUAUCACUAGAGGGAGCUGGAGGAAUUCGUGGGGUACUCCACCUUCUGAGCACUGCAGAAGGUCCCAUGGGCAGGACCUGACCCCUGGUAGUCAGAUCUUUUACAGCUAUUUUUAGCUUUAAUUAUAGUACAAAGGAAUCGAAAAGUCCUAAUUCAGGAAAUCAGUAUUUCCCCAUCCUCCAAACCAACUACAGUUCAUUAGAAUGGCACCAUAUCUGCAAGUUUUAAAAACCUUGUGAAAAGAGCAGCUGCAGUAGAGGGCUGUAUCUAGUACCACACGGUAGACAUGUUUUGUAGAUUUACAGAGAAUACAGUCUCAGUUGUGUUGUUCCAGUAUGUUACCUUAAAAAAAGACUAAGAAUUAAUUAAAUCAUAAUCAGCAUGAAAUGUUAUUUUCUUCUGCUUCUCUUUGUUAAAUGUUGCUUAGAUGAAAAAGGAUCCUCUGUAGACUAACUUAUUCUUUAAUCAUGGUUUUUAAUUGGUUCUCUUUAAUUGUUUUUUUUAAAUACUUUUUAAAAUAAUGUUUAGUUUUCCUAAAAAUUCCAUCCUACUAAAAAUAUGUUCUACCUGUAUAUUUGAGGUCUUGAGGUACCCCUGGGAGGAACAUGACAGUGAAAUAGUUGGGUUUAUCUUUGACAGCCAUUUUAAGGAACAUCUUGUAGCAAAGAUUCUGUGCACUGAAUGUAUAUUGUUAAAUGGAUUUCAGAAUUCCAAUUUAAAUGAUGAUAGCAAAGAUUGAUGGAAGGGUGCAGUUGCAGUUUAGGAAAUCAUAUUUUAAGAGUCUUGUGGUCAUGUCUGAUUUGCUUUUCUGAUUGUGAUAUCUGAUUCAAUUGCUACCGGUGCUGAAAGACAUGCAAGUAAAGACAAUAUGCUGCAGUGUCAGUCAUGCUAAUGUGAAAGAAAUGUUAAAUUUAAACAUUCAUUUCCCACCCUGCUGCUAUGGAAUCAAUAUGUAGGCUCCUCCCAGCCAUGCAACAGUUGUGGGAUUGUUCAGCAAGUAUAAUUGAAACAUUUAAUUGAGUUUACUAAUGGCCAAUUCCAGAGGCAAGAUUGCAUGAGCAAUGUAUGAAGCAUAUGCUAAGGAAAAAGAACAGCCAAAGGAUUUGGUGCUUCAGUUGUUUGUUUUGGUUUUUUGUGGGUUUUGGGGGGUUUUUUCGGUUUUUUUGGUGGUGGUGGUUGUUGUUGUUGUUGUUGUUGUUGGUUGGUUGUGGGGUGGGGGUUUUUUUGUUUGUUUUUGGGUUUUUUUGUGGUUUUUUGUGGUUUGUUUGUUUUGUUUUGUUUUGUUUUGUUUUUAGCUUAGAGACCUAAAGUACACACUAUGAUAGUCCUGUUGUUUGGGUUUCAUUUUUUUUUUCUGGAUUAGAAAUUCACUACCAACAGUAUCACUUUAUGAAAAAUACAAAGGUAAUUAAUGUGUGACUUUUGCACCACAAGACCCAAAGCCACAACACUGGUAAUUUUUUCCCACAUUUUCAAUGUCUGUUUUCUGUGGUUGCUGCAGGGGAGGGGAGACAUCAGUGACACACCACAAGCCAGAAGACCAUCUGUUCCUGGUGCUGUGCGAUGCAGACUUUGUACGCUAAGCUGAUGGCAGCUUUCUGAUCCAUACAGCCAUUACAAACACAGUGUAGAGGAGAGGAUGCUCAUAGUACAGUGAUGGUAAUGCCUUAUGCUUGUUUAACUUUUGCAAGAAUGUCACACUUUUAGGGAUAGACUAGAAAUCUAAAAUGCAAACAAAUGCAAAUGUGUAAAUAGUACAGUCCAAGGGAAACAAAUAUUUGCUGACCAUUUUGCAAGGCCGAGGUUUCACCUACAGGCUGUUGCAGAAAUAGAAAAAGGAUUUGUUUGUCCUAUGUCCUACUUUUAUCUUAAUAACAUUGUUGGAAGAAUUAAUGAAUGCAGGCUACAGCAUGGUUUUUGCAUGUCACCAGAAAACUGUGUUUGAAGUGGUUUAUUUGAUUGGGGGAUUGCAAGUCCAGGGUCAGUAAUAGUUGUUCUUAAGUAAGGUUUAUGGGUUCUUCUUUAAAGAGAGGGAUUUCUCUACACUCAUUUAGUGGUAGCUCUGCCGUGAUUGUAAGAUUUUCAGCCUCCAAACUGGUUGGUCAAAUGGCAAAACUCCUUUUGUUGCAUUGUUACUGACUCCUUCUUAGGUCAGCAUUAUUACUAAUGAAAUGUUCUCUGUAUGUGUGGGUGUUGUUAUGUAGAAGUGUGAGCUCUCAUUCCAAGCUGACUUCUAUGGUUCAGAUCAGUUUACUGUCUCAAAGUGGUAGCAGAGAUAGCAAGCAAGCACAUGCAUGUGUGUUACACCUGUGUCAGGAGCAAUUGCUCUCAUGACAGCAGAUAGUUUCUUGUGCUCAUAAGUAGCUCAUUGGUUCAUCUGAGGAGCUGUGAUCUAAUUAAUAAAAGUAAUCUGGAGAAUUUGUUCUGUCUGUGGCCAGGAGACCAUAGGCACCAAGGGCUUCAUGAUGAGCAGCUUUCUCUUGUGACUGUCCAGGUCAAGUUUGUCAACCAAUGUGCACUUGAGAGGUGGUGAGGGCAGUUACAGAUGUAUCACAGUGCUUUUGUGGAUUACUGGAAACCAUGGGUAAUGCAUCAUUUGGACAUUGAGAAAUGGAUGGCAGCAUGGAUGGGUCAAAGGGAGUUGGAGCUCUCCUAAGGUCACCAGGAGCCCUGUCUGCACAGCUGGCCAAGAGCCUGCCCUUAGUUUAGCCAACAGGUGACCACACAUUCCCACAAUAUUCCCAACAAUUUUCUGAGCUAGCGCUGGCCUCCAUGAGCAGCAACCUAGUAAAAAAUAAAAGACUAAAUGAGAACAUCUUACAAAUGAAUGCAAGUGGGAAUUAAUAACCUGUGUAAAUACAUAUGCUGUGAUGCCCAGUCCUUCCAAACGAAUCAGUGAAGCCCAUGCCAUUAUUUCCUAUGGUGUGUCAUAGAGUCACCACAUCUGGCCAGUGCUUCCAGCUGAGGCACUUUCCUCCAUUAGCCUUUUUAGGAUGGUGGGUGGGACCACCAGAAAUUCUGCAAAGAAAAGUUAUAUUGAGUCUUUCUGGUAGAAGAUGUACCAUAGGGUAUCCAAAUGGCAGUGGCAUUAGUGAAGCCCCCUUGAUUCACACCUGACCAUGUCUUUUAAUGUAAAAAAAUAGUAUUUGCAUCAAAUACAAUGUUUGUUUUGUUUCUUUCAUUCUUUCUUCACACUGUUUUCAAGGUAAUUGGAAGACAUUUUGAACACAGAGUUGAUUUUAAAUAUAGGUAGUUCUUGAUGAUGUAAUUUUUUUUUCAAUGAAGCAUUUAGAAAAACAUUUAUUUAAGUUGUAAAUAGAAUAGUUUCCAAAUAAAUGGUUAAGGCUAGGGUUUUAAAUCCAUUUAGCACAGGCAAUAUGUUGGUGUGGUUGUUCAGCUGGGCGGAAGAGUAUUGGGUGGUGGGUUUUGGGGAAGGAGUGGUUUGGGAUUUUUAGCCCAACAAAAUAAAGGAAGUUUUCAGUCCGUCUUCUGCAGAGGAAACUUGCAGGAUAAUAUUUAGGGUUGUUUUAGUCAUUAGAGGUGAAGCACACAAUAAUGGCCAGCCUAUGUUUGUACAAUUGAAGGAUAUUUCUCAUAAUGAAGGAAGUCUCCAAGGUCAGCAGCUACAAUACCCGGAGAAGUUGCAUCACAAAGCCACAGCUGCACCAGCCUGCUCUCUUCCCCUGCUUCACCCCCCACCUUUUAGUUUUGCACACUCUUUCUCAGCAUAAAUGUUGCUCACAUCUCUUGCAAGAAUACCAUGGUUUUGACUUGGGCUUGUGUCUACUCUGUUAUUUAGCUAUUAAACACACCUCACCUCACCUUCAAAAAAAGAAACUUUUUUUUUUUAAGUUUCAUUAUAGUCUUCUAAUAUCCUGUACAUUCCCAAACUCCAUUUGUCAAGUUUCUGGUAUUGCAAUGAGAAUUACAUUGUACUGUGAUGAUGGCAGCAGCAGCAUCACCUGGAUCUAGUCUGGGCUUGUGCAUUUUAGUUACCUCCUGUCAUGUGAUGGCAGUGGGCAUCGCAGCUCACACCUCUAUGUUGAACUGUAUGUGAAGGAAAAGGCUUUGGGCUAUUUAAAAAAAAAUUGCAUGAGGGAAAAGAGAAAAGGCUAGAUCUUAAUUUUUAUAGCUCACUUUGUGUCUCCAUUUACUGUGGAAAUUAUUGUUAGUGGUAUAUGAAACACCAUUAGGAAACCUUGGAUACAAUCUGUUUCUUUCUUGGCAUUUUUCUUUUUGUGUGUGUUUCUAUACAUGAUAUUUUAGUGCAAGGACUCUUUUAUAAUCCUGCUUUUUUUCAAGCAAUAUUUUUCACAAGUGUUUGCUUGGUUUAGCUGUUACCAAACCAUUUACUAAUUGACUGUUAAUCUAAAUUCAGCUCAUCUUAUUAUAGAAAGAACAAGGACACUCCUAAGAAGCCUACCUGUUCAUUUUACUUGUUUUCCAACCUCAUGGUGAGGUUUUCUGUUGUUCCAUCAACAGGAUAGUAAAGAGAGAAGUUGCUCUACAUAUUUGCCAUUCCUGUAGACCUUAUUCUGUUUAUAUCCAGAACUCUGACUCAGUGCUCUUGAAGUCAGCCAAGUCUUUCCCCGGCUUCAGGUUGUUCUGAAUCAGUCUAUAAACCUAAAUUUCAAAGCUGCUUCUAACAAAGAAAACAAAACAUUUUCCUUCAGUUCCUAACAGAACUUGUGUUGUGGUUUAAGCCUGUUGUUCACAUCUAAUCAUGUUCACCAGUGAUUAUUCCAAGCAUCAUACAUUAGUAUGAAAUCACCUAGUAUUCAAUAUUCCCUUCAUUGCAUUUGGUGCAUCUACAAUUAUUGCAUUUAAAAAGGGUGGUGGCAUUCUGCCAUCCCUGCUCUCUCACUCUGCAAUUGGGAAUGGUGGUUAGGAAGGGUUGUAAACGUCAUCCAGGUAAUUAGGUAACCCCUGGUAUUUAAGGACAUGGGAAUAAACACUGAUCUUCUUUUAGCUGUGGACAGGUGUGAGAUAGUUUGAAUUAGACAAGCUGAAGGGAGAUUUUUAAAGCUGAGAAUAUGUGUUUUGGAAGGUGUGCUAGAUGUGUUGGUUAUAAGUUGCUCAUCCUUGCCCUCCUCUGCAUUGUGGCCAACACUCUACUUUAUUUUCCCAAUGGCGAAACAAGAUUUGCUUCAGAGCAUCACCUCAGCAAGUACGUGGAGUGCCUUCACGGCAUUCUGGGUGGAGGCUUUCUGGUACUCAUUCCAGCUGCAGUGUUCAUUGGGCUUCAUAAUGACAACUGCUGUGGGUGCUUUGGCCAUGAGAGCUGUGGAAAGAGCUGUGUGAUGCUGGCCUCAGUUCUGGCAGCCUUUGUUGGGAUCCUUGGCUCUGGAUACUGUAUAACCAUUUCAGCACUGGGGUUGUCUCAAGGACCGUAUUGUUUUACCCGUCCAGAGAGAAACUGGAUCUAUCCUUUCACUGACUCUUCUGGAGGGUACUUGUUUGAGUAUAACAAGUGGUCUGAAUGUCAGGAACCUCAAAACAUCGUGCAGUGGAAUGUCACCCUCUUUUCCAUCCUCCUUAUAUUGGGAGGAAUAGAAUUCAUUCUGUGCUUCAUACAGAUAAUCAAUGGCAUUCUUGGAGGACUGUGUGGGUUGUGCUGCAGUCAUGAGGAGACAUACGUUUGCUAGAAACCUGACAAUGCAUUGACAUCGGUGCAUGUGUGUGCUGUAAUGAGUAUACUAUGGAUUUUUUUAAACAUUCCAUGGAUACUGAAAUACACGUUGUUGUCAAACUGUGCUGUUGCCAUGAGUUUAACUGACUUGGGGCCUUUGUUGAUGGAAUCAUAUGCAGGUUUUCACUAACCUGCCUGAACUGAAAGGCAAAAUGUAUCCUGAAUAUCUUUGGUUCAUUUCACCUUGGUACAGGCAACUGCCUUAACAUAUCACUAAAGUGGGUUUAUUUAUUUUUUAUCUCUUUCUACUGGAACAAAAGCUCUGUACUUUGUCCUGUUUUCCCAAUAAAGUUGCUCUUCCAUUCUGAUCUUGGAAUGAGCACAAACCAAAUCCAGCCUGGCUUGGAUAAAUGGUUUUGAUCAGCUGGACCAAAACCAAAGCAACAGUAAAAUGUGGAUGAUUGAGGGCUUGUCAGGAUUUUUCUGAACUUCCCCUGUAUUUCACAAAUAAAGAUUUGUAUUAAAAAUA